AUGAGUUGCUCCCCCCUCAGCGCUCAUGACCAGGUUGAACAAUACUGGGAACCGCACUGUGUAUUACAGGAAUACAAGAUUUGCUUCCCCCUCAAUGGUCAAUACGAGAUUGACAAGAGCAGGGGACUCUUUGUCCUUGCAGGAGCCGAUCCGUCUGAAUAUUUCGCGCGCUUCGAUCCCGUUGAGAAGGUGGAUGUGAGUGGUAAACGCAAAUGGUACGAAGCAGAAGAAGAAGCUGAACCGGAUGAAUAUCACGACGACUGGAUUCUGCAGCUUUCGCACGCUCUUGAUCCGGAACGGCCUGUUAACAGGCUUCAAGCUGCGGAAUCAAACAUGAUCAAGGGUAGAAUUAAGAAAUUGCGGGCCUACCUUGAGACUUCGACUGAAAAAGACAUAUUUCUUCAUGGCGUGAAGGCUUCACAGUGGCGCUCACAUGAUAUAGAUGAAUGGGAUGCCUACCAAGACCUCAUCUGUAGCGGCAAAGCUAAGGACGUGGAGCCGCCUGAGGAGAAGAUUAUCAAUAUCUCGACAUUUGGUGAAACGGCUCUGCACCUGGCUGCCUGCAAGAUGUACCCAGAUAUUGUCAAGCUGCUACUUGACUAUGGUGCUGAUCCGAACGCAAGAUCGGUAGAUGGACGAACUCCAUUGAUGGAAGCAGCCCUUUGGGGGCGCCUGGAUAACGUUAAAACCCUUGUCGAUCACGGAGCAGACAAGUCUAUACAAUGCGUGCGAAGGGGGGCGAAGCUUCGAGCCAUUGAUUUUGCAAAGUACACCAAGGACAAUCGUAAAGAGCGAUAUGAGCGAUCCGGUGAGAAGCACCAGGUCUAUAAGGAAGCCACCUACGAAAGAGACGAAGAACGAGAGGCCAUUGUCCGAGAGCUGAGCGACGAAGCCGCAGAUGAUAGCCAUUGUGCCCAGGCUUCCGGACUACGUCUUCAGGGCUUUACUUGCACGUCUGUGAUGGACGGAGGGGCCAUCAUCUCUAUGCUCGCCAACUUUGAUGUUCCUAGCAGAUACAAGACGAUAGGAAUCCUCUUCCGAGGUGACUUUAAUGGCACGUCGGCGUUUCCACCUGUGGCUGCCAUGAGUGGAUUUUCACAUGAGCAGAGCUCGGAUCUCAAUGUCCAAAUAGCAGGCAGAAAAUGGACGGAUGAGGUGUUUUACUUGUGCCAGAUCACUGGACAUGGACUGCCUCGGCAUGAGUAUGAUCGGGGUAAACCUGGGCGGUUUUACGCUUGCCAUGCAGAGAAGCAGUUGAUUGCAUAUCUAGUGAGUAGACAUGUGUUUCUUCCGUGUGGUGCUGACGGUGAGGACUUUGGAAUGUCGAGGCUGAGUCUGGAUGACGAAGAUCUUCAGAUCAAGGUUAGGGAGCUUGCGGAUAUUGAACCCCCACAGAGACUGAGAAACGCAGUCAUCUUGGUGUCUCGUAGGAUGUGCAGUGACUGCUGUGCUUUUGUUGAUGUUGUUAAUAAAGCGUUGGGGCUAAACAUAGAGGUGCGAGGCGCGAACUUGUGCACUUGA